AUGGUCUAUGGGAAAGUGAGGGGUUGUGCAUGGUGCUGUGGCUGCAAGCGUGACGAGGACGAAUUGGAUGACGAUGAGCAUGUGGAGGUUGUUGUGCACAUGAACGAUCGAAAAGCCAACGCGCCCUACAAUUACCCGGACAAUUUUAUUAGGACGACGCAAUACACACUUUUGACAUUUCUUCCACUGGGAUUACUUAUGCAAUUCAGAAAAGUCAGCAACUUUUAUUUUCUUAUUUGUAUGAUUCUUGCCCUCAUCCCCGGUGUAUCCCCAAUAAGCCCUGCAACAGCCAUCGCCCCGCUUGUAUUUGUGAUUGGGGUGGCGAUGGUCAAGGAGGCGGUGGAGGAGUUUAAGCGUCAUCGUGCGGACAGAAAGGCCAAUUCCAUUUUGGUGGAUAUUCUUGUGAAUGGAAAGUUGGAAAAAGUUGCGAGUCGAGAUCUGCGAGCGGGAGAUAUAGUGCGUGUGCAUAAUGGAGAGGAGGUGCGGGCCGAUAUAUUUUACUUGUCCUCUCACACGGAGGAGGGACAAGUAUUUAUUGACACAUGCAAUUUAGACGGUGAGACGAGUCUUAAAGGUCGCAAGUCGAUUGAAGUGACACGAUCACUUUGUUCGCCAGAAGGUCUGAAUGCAGCACAAAUCACAAUGUACACGGUACCCCCUGAACCUGGACUAUUGGCAUGGACCGGUCGGAUUGAAAUUGACGGGAAGGAUUACGCCGUAGAUAUCAAUCAGUUUUUGUACCGCGGCUGCAUUCUUCGCAAGACGGAUUGGCUGUGGGGAUUUGUUAUUUACGCCGGUGUCGACACCAAGAUGUUCCGUAACCUGAGGAAACGGCCUCCCAAAUCAUCCGAUUUGGACUUGAAGCUAAACAUUUUGAUCAUUAUUGUAUUUGUGUUACAAAACGUGUUUCUUUUCCUGCUUUGCUCACUUUCGGUGUGGUGGAACGGCCGACACAAAAACCACUGGUACAUUCGGUGGUACUUGGAGGGUCAUGGAAAGGCCGCCCAAUGGUUUUUGAGCUACCUUACUUACUUUGUGUUGCUCAGCUACCUUAUUCCCAUCUCACUGUUCGUCACUAUCGAACUAUGCAAGGUUAUUCAGGCGUAUUGGAUAAGACGGGACAAUAAAAUGAUGGAGAUGGUCAAUGGAAGAUGGCGCCGUUGCAAACCAAACACGUCAAACUUGAAUGAACAGCUUGCGAUGGUACGUUAUAUUUUUACCGACAAGACCGGCACAUUGACAGAGAAUGCUAUGAAAUUUAAAAUGGGUGAUAUCAAGGGUCACUUAAUUUAUAAUGAAAACCAUAGUUUUUCAUUGGAAUUACUUCAGCGAAAGGGGGUCGUUCGUACUGCCGCGGAGGAGUAUUUUCUUGCAUUGGCUAUUUGUCAUACAAUUCAACCGUUUCCCGAUGCCGACGCCCCCCUUGGUGUGGUGUAUGAGGGAGGUUCUCCCGACGAAGUCGCACUGGUGACGACAGCAGCAGAGCACGGUUUUCGACUACUGGAACGCAAUUCACGUUGCUUGACGGUGGAGGUGGAAGGGGAGAGGAGAGUGUAUGACAUUCUUGCCACCUUGGAGUUUACGCCUGAGAGAAAAAUGAUGAGUAUCAUUGUACAAGAACGCAAUACAGAUCGAAUCAUACUUUUUACGAAGGGUGCUGAUAGUUCAGUAGGAUCCCGGACCGCGGAUGAAGAAGAUGUUCAGGAGUAUAUGCAAAUUCUGUCACAGAGUCUUUUGGAUAUGGCAGAACAAGGCUUACGCACGCUUCUUAUCGCCACCCGUGAUCUCACGUCCGAGAUGUUUAGUGAGUGGAACACACGCUUUUUAGCCGCUGGGAAAGUGCUUGUACGACGCAAUGAAGCCGUGGACAGGCUGUGUGGAGAGAUUGAACAGGAGCUUCGACUGCUUGGAGCCACCGCCAUUGAAGACAAGUUGCAGGAGGAGGUGCCUGAAACGGUUUCGUUUUUUCGUGAGGCGGGUGUAAUGAUGUGGAUGCUCACCGGCGAUAAGCGGGAGACAGCCGUGACGAUUGCCGCGACCUCAUCUCUGCUUGACCCACGGAGGGACUAUGUUGUGCAUGUUGAUCUGGGCUCACUUGAUCCAAAAGAUCCUGAGGCGAUCGAAAAAAUUGGCGCCGAUUUACAUCAGGUGGAAUUGCACUUGGAACGUGGACGAAGAGAGGGUGUCCGGUGUACUCUCGUUAUUGAUGGUACGUCUCUUGGUGUGGUUAUGGAGCACUACUUUGAAUUGUUUGUCAGGCUGUCCAAGUGCGUUAGUUCGGCCGUCUGUUGUCGACUCACGCCAUUGCAAAAGGCAGAAAUUGUGCGCAUGUUUCAAAAAUUGACUGGCUUUACCGCCCUUGCCAUUGGUGAUGGUGCAAAUGAUGUCUCCAUGAUUCAAGAAGCCCGCCUUGGUAUCGGUAUUAUUGGCCUUGAAGGGGCCCAAGCAGCCCUCGCUGCUGACUACGCCAUUCCACGCUUCAGAGAUCUUCUUCGACUUUGUGCCGUUCAUGGGCGCUAUUCGCUUGUCCGUAAUGCGAGCUGUAUUGUAGUGAGUUUCUACAAAAACUUUACGUUGUCCUUUAUGCAGUUUAUUUUUGCCUUUUACUGUGGAUUUUCAGGGCUCACACUUUUUGACGGAUGGUUCUUAACGUUUUACAACGUCAUGAUGACGAGUAUUCCACCAUUCUUUAUGGGCAUAUUUGAAAAGGAUCUCCCCUCUGAAGUAUUGACUCAUCGCCCCGACCUCUUCACGCCCCUUUCUCACGGGCUGUAUUUUAGCUGCGUUGUGUUUCUGCGAUGGUUCCUCGAGGCCGCGUUUCAUGCAUGCGUCAUAUUUUAUGUGAUUUACCCGACGAUGGUAAAUGGUGACUACAAUCGUCAACACGAUAUUUACGGUAUUAUGGUGGGUUCCAUGAGUCUCUUCGUGCUGGUGUCGGUCGUACUGGGCCGUUUUGCCCUACAAAUACGGUAUUGGCAAUUGCUGCAGGUUUUAGGGAUUAUUCUUUCAGUUAUUGUUGUGUUUGCCUUUUUUACCAUUUAUUCCGCUUUUCCUCGUAUCGGCGACCUGUCGACAUACUGGCAGAGUUACGUUCUUAUGUCAGGGGCGAAAUUCUGGUUGUACCAGCUGCUGCUGUUUGGAAGCCUGAUUUUUAUCGUUGACCUGACGGUGUUGUGCUUCCAGAAAAAUCUCUGGCCUACCCCACGUGACCUCGCAGAACGGGAGCAUUUGUUGCUGCUUGAAAGUAAGCGAAGAAAAAGAGAGCCGGCGGACCAGAUCUCAAAUCUCGGCGUAGUGUGA